AUGGGCACUAUUCUGUACAUCGUCGCAGUAUAUUUAGCUUAUGAAGCCGUCAAGAUGCUACUCUUUCUCUCAGGAGUGAUUUUAGGUGGCUUUUUCAAAAUGAAAGAAAAGGAACUACAGCAUGCUAUGAAUCUCAAAAAAGAGGAGUCGGAGCAAGCUCUCAAAUUAGCGAAGUACAAUUUUGAGGCAGUUUGCGCGGAAAGAGAUCGAUAUAAAGAUGAGCUUGCGGAGAUGAAACUCAGAAACAGGGAACUUCUGGAUGCUCUCAUCAAGAACCCUUUAGAAAGAGGCCCAGGAGAGGGUAAACUCAAUGUUAGUGGGGCAGGUGAGGAUUUUGAAGUUUUAUGA